AUGUCAUCUUCUGGUUAUGAUUUAAUUGCCAUUCCUUUGGAAACAAUUAUUAAAUUGUUGUUUCUUGACUAUUUCUACGAUUGUAAAAGAAAGAAAGCCAUCAAAUUUAAAGAUUAUUCCUCACUCUUUCAAGUUUGUAAUUGUUUUCUGGGUGAAAUUAUUGCCAAGUCAAAGGAACAAAUUUUGAUUAAUGACUUGACAGGUAGGAAUUCAUUUCUAGCUCAGUUUAAUUCAAUAGUGGAUGAAAAUCCUUCAUUAUUUCCGAUAUGUAAGAAUGUGGAGGUUUAUUCUUGGUUUUCAAAACAAUCAGAAUUGAGUAGAAAUAGAGAAGGUGAUGUAAUUCUAGAAGAAUCGAAUAAUGGUAUUGGAAAUGAGGAAGAUGAUGUGUUGGAAAUGCUAAUUCUCACAUUUAAUUAUCAUUUCAAAGCUUUAUUCUAUUUCUUUCAGAAGGUAGAUUCAAAAUUCAUUCUAAAUUGGACGAAAGAAAGUUUGAGUUCAUUACCAAAGUUUAUUCUAGACGAAUUGAAAGUGAAACACGAAACUCGUCAAUCCUUCAAAGAAUUACUUGUCUACAAGGAGGAAGAACUCAAUAACAGUACAAUCCUGGAUGCAGACUUUGAAUUUCUGAAUUUCCUCGCAAUGAACACAAGUGAUUGGAAAGCAAGAACCAAACUGUCAAAUGCAAGUAAUUGUCACAUUUACUCGUCAAAGGAAAAAUACAUGGCAACUCCCAGAACAACCAUUUACAAAUUUGUCUAUACAGUGGAUAAGACUAUUGAAGAAUUUUCAAAAGCUUUCCUUUCGUAUGAUUUCUCUGGAGAAAAGAUGGUUAUUAGUUCGUACUGGAGUUAUGACCCAAUGAAUAUUAAUCAUUCCUCAAAGAAAUAUUCAAUUGUUAAGGGUGAAUUAGUUUUCAAUCCAAACAUUCCUCUAAUUUCCAAACGAAGAUCAGAUGAUUGA